AUGUUGGCUGCAAUGCAUGGCAAGAUCUCGUGCGUAGAAAUGCUUCUUGACGCAGGAGCAACUGCCUUAGUAUUUUUUUAUACAAAAAAAGGGCGGGGAUGGGGGAUAGCCCCCAAUGGGGACGGGGACGGGGAUUCCCCGAAACCACUUAAACGGGGAUGGAGGUGGGGAUGGGGCCAGGUGCCGGGGAUGUUAUUGCCAUACCCGGCCCCUACCCGGCCCGUUGCCAUCCUAUGUGCUCGUGCUGUACGUAGAGGUGUCAAACGGGACGGGCCGGCCUAG